CACAAUCCUCUGACUUCAGAUUAGGUUUUCAUUACAACUGACUCAAAAUGGCUGAAAUCCGUCGCAAACUUGUUAUUGUUGGUGACGGUGCUUGUGGCAAAACUUGCUUGCUGAUUGUCUUCUCAAAAGGCACUUUCCCCGAGGCAUAUGUUCCAACCGUUUUUGAAAACUAUGUUGCUGAUGUUGAGGUUGAUAACAGACGUGUUGAGUUGGCGCUCUGGGAUACUGCUGGCCAAGAAGACUAUGAUCGUCUUCGUCCUCUUUCAUAUCCCGAUUCGCAUGUCAUUCUGAUUUGCUAUGCCAUUGACUCUCCAGACUCUCUUGACAACGUACAAGAAAAGUGGAUUUCUGAAGUGAUUCAUUUUUGUGCGAGACUUCCCAUUAUCUUGGUUGGAUGCAAAAAGGACCUUAGAAAUGAUCCCAAAACCAUUCAAGAACUUGCCAAGACACAACAAUCUCCAGUGACGUAUGAACAAGGCCAGGCCGUUGCUCAGAAAAUUGGAGCACAUAAGUUUUUGGAAUGCAGUGCCCGUCUAAAUGAAGGUGUUCAUGAAGUAUUUGAGCACGCAACGAGAGCAGCUCUUGUCCGCCAAGUGACUACACACAAAACUAAAUGUAUGUUGAUCUGAUCUAUCAAGAUCGGCGUUUGCGAGUUUCUUUUUUAUAUUGGGACGAAUCAAGUAGUAGCUAUUGGCUGAUGUCGUGCGGGUGGAUAUCGUAGUGUUUGUCUUGGGCUUUUGACUCGUUAUGUUUAAUGUUCAAAAGUCCGAAUUUGGUUUUAUUUUCUUAUCUGGUGGAGUAUGGCAAUAUAUGGUUUCUAUGUGGCUGGAAUUCCCUUUAUAUUUCGUGCAAUUCAUGUAAGAUCUAGUGAGGACUUCAUCUUGGCUGCUCAAACAAUAAUAGGCUGCUUCACUCGAUUGAACUUUUUAUUUUAUUUCACCCUCAUUUCCUUGGAGUUUCAACAAGCAUGUCUCCGUCUUGUUUCUUCAAAUCUAUUUUUUGUUGUCCUAUA